UGACGUCAAUCAGCAAUAAAUGGCAUUAUUUCGACACUUAUUGCACACCAGACUCCCUGUCCAUACCUUCCUGAGCGACAUCGCAAGACAUCAUAGCUGUGUGACUGUGAAGACCAAACCAAUCAGUGGUCGACUCAGCGAUCGCUGUCUUCACACAAACUCUCAAUUACUGCACAAAAAGUCACAAAACGAUAACAAAAGUGAGACAAUGGCUGACGAAGUGAUUGCUUCACAAACAGCUCAUCCAACAGAAGACACCAUUUUCGGCAAAAUCGUCCGCAAAGAGAUCCCAACGAACUUCAUAUAUGAAGACCAAAAGUGCGUUGCCUUCAAUGACAUCUCUCCGACGGCUCCCACACACUUCCUCGUGAUUCCCCGCAAACCUAUCACUGGAUUAUCUACUGCUCAAGAGGAAGAUGAACAGCUGUUGGGACACCUGAUGUUUGUUGCGGCCAAAGUGGCCAAAGAGCAGGGAUUACAAGACGGAUAUCGAGUGGUGAUCAACAAUGGAAAGAAUGGCUGUCAGUCUGUAUACCACUUACACCUUCAUGUGAUCGGUGGCCGACAACUGGGUUGGCCUCCGGGUUAGUCCUCACUCGGCCUCCUCUUGACAUAAGGACACGAAAUGCUUAACAACACAGAAAUCUUUGAAUAUUCGUUGUCUUUAUUAACAUUUAAAGGAAUUAUAAUUGUAUUGAAUAUCAAAUGAAUAAAUAUUUUGAAAAUUUAUUUUAAAA